ACACUAUUUUUUUUUUCGUUUUAGAAAUGAGUACUUUGCCGUUUACUGUUCAGGACGAUAUUGAAGCCAAAGAGAAAUAUGCUUCUGGUCAACACCAACAGAAUUCAUCUCGGCAAUGUAACCCUCGCCGGUUAAGAUUAUGGACUUUACUCAUCCUUAUUUCUCUGGCGACGCUGGGGCUUGUUUCUUAUUUUGGUAAAUCCGGUCUUAUAGCGAGUGUAGGUGAUGAUGGCAUGAUUGUCGUGGCGGAUGAACAAUUACAGAAGGGGGAGCCCCAGAGUUUGAAGGAGGAAAUAUUGCAACAUAUCCAUGACAACCAAUUAAUUGUGUUCUCCAAAACCUAUUGCCCGUUUUCAAAGAAAGCCAAGGCUAUUUUAAGCACAUAUCAAUUAAAAACGCCAUUACAAGUGAUUGAAGUCGACUUGAGAGAUGAUGAUUAUCAAGUAAAGCUGGCAUUGAAGGAAAUUUCUGCAAGAGAAACAUUUCCAAACAUUUUUCUGAAUGGAAAAACUCUGGGUGGCUCCGAUGAUCUUGAAGAGUUACAUGAAACUGGAAAACUAAAGCUCUUAUUAAACCAACACCAUUUAUUGGUCUAACCCGAUUUAUUUAUUUUCUUCGGGAUAUAAAUAAAGGAACCAAAUUUUUCUUUUUUUUUUUUUAUUUUGUCAAAA